AGUUGCCAUCCAUCUUUCGUCGCUCGCGGUUCGGUUUCCGGUUUUAUUAUGUUGAUAAAAUAGUUAUGAAAAAAAUAACAUGUUUAUAUGUUUAUGAAUUUCAUGCUUAGCUAUCAAAUCCGAAUUGUUUUCGAUUCGUUUGUUGCUUAAAAUAACCCCUAUAUUUUUUAAUAUAUACUUAAUUAUCAUUAACUGGAAACAUAACAUAAUAUCUCAAUAUUUAGACACAUUGUGCGCAACCUGAUAGCCAUUCCCGUUGUUUUGACUUAGUUCAUUUCAGUUGGGUGCACGAGUUUAGCACGUAUUGGUGUUUAGUAUUUCACAUGGUAAUGAGAGGCGAGUUGAACUGCAAUUUAUCAUUGCAAGUGUGACAGCUUUUAAACGAUCCGAAGCUAAAAACUAAAACAUAUAUAUGUCUGACACUUGAGUCGUUAUUGUUGCAUUCUAAUUUUGCGCUCGUGUAUCCAGCGAUCCAGUGUUGAGCCUAAGAUCAGACCAAGUGGUUCUACAUCGAUGGGUGUUAAGGUCAAUAGACGUUUUCUGCUGCUCCUAGCACUCAUCGCAUUGAGUUCACUGUACCUUCUUCGAAAUCUACAAGAGGCGCGGCAAUUGAAAUUUGCUGAUGUUGCCCCUGUUACUCUUUUGGAUAUCACCGAACCGACCAGCAUCGAAGAGCCAAAGUGGAUAUCGCCACGUACAGAAAAGCUGCAGCAGCUACUCAAAUGCCGCAAUCGUCAACUGAGUCUGCAGAAAGUGAAACAUGGCGACUAUUGGGUGGUUCAGAAUUUGGUUGUGGGACGACUGAGUCGGGACAUGGGCUGUGCCGAGUCAAUCACGUACACUACAAAUGGCGACUUCACAUUCUUUGAUAAUCUGGAAACGCUCGCAGAGCGAUGGUUUGCACCAAUCAGUUUUGCGAUUCACACGCCUGGCUAUGAUCUAAAUUCGACGCUGGAUGCCAUUCAGUAUGUGAGAAACUGUUUGCCUGGCAGCCAAAUGAUCAGCGAUUUUGUCAGCUUUCACAUUUACUUUUCCCACAAUCAUAUGCCCGACUAUGUCCCCUAUGACGAGGAGGAGGCCUUGAACUGGCCCUACCAAUGCGUGGAAGCCAAUGGCACCCUGCUCGAACCGCCCUAUAGACAGAACAGUUCCACUAUGUACAAGGUGCAGGCCAAAAUGACCUAUCCCAUUAAUGUAGGUCGCAAUAUCGCCAGAUUGGCGGCCAAUACACACUUCAUAUUCGCCUGCGACAUUGAACUAUAUCCGAGCUUAGGGUUUGUGGACCAAUUUCUGGAUAUGGUGUCCCUCAACAACAGUGUGCUGGCCUUGAGGCCAGAUCAGGCCCGCCGAGUCUAUCCCCUUGCCGUUUUUGAGGUGAAUGAGAACGAAUCUGUGCCAAACGAUAAAUCCGAACUGUUAACGUUGUUGGGCAAGGGGAGAGCUCAGAUCUUCCAUGCGAAGAUCUGCAAGAACUGUCACAAAGUGCCUGAAUACAAAAGCUGGAUAAAUCGAGCCUUUAACCCCACAGAUCCCCUACAACUAUUUAGCAAGACGUUGCGCCAGGGCGUCUACAAAUAUUGGGAGCCCUUCUACGUCAGCGACAAUACAGAGCCAAUCUUCGAUGAGCGUGUCACGUGGGAGGGACAAUCCAACAAGCGAAUACAGGGCCUCGCCAUGUGCCUGUUGGGCUACGAGUAUCAUGUGCUGCAUCCUGCCUUUCUAGUGCACAGUCCCGGCAUUAAGACUUCGAAGCUAAAUCCGGUGCGUCAAAAAUACGCCAAGGAGAUGAACCGUAUAAUCAAGAAAACAAUUGAGCCAGAGUAUCGAGUGCUCUACGGAGAGAAUAAGAACUGUACUACGUGAUGCAAGUGAAUGCGAUAGUUAUUAUCAAAAAAGUCAGACGGUUCCUGCGAUCUCAAGUGAUAUAACAUUUAAUGUAGAAUUUUAAUAAAAUGUACCCGUAUAUUUUAUGUUUAA